AUGGGGGGAUGCUGGCCCCAAGCUUGUACCCCCUGUCCAUACCUGGGUUUCUCCAUUCUGGAGCUCGCUGAGCCAGAGCCCGGGAUGAACGGCUCAGUGCCGGGGCCGCUGCUGGUGGAGCACCCCAGCGAGUGCGUGCCCAACAACCCGGUGCAGUUCGUGCUGGUGCCCGUGAUCUACUGCCUGGUGCUGUGUGUGGGGCUGCCGGGCAACCUGGUGGCAUUGCUGGUCUUCCUGCAGAGUGGCAAGGUGAGGAAGGCCAUCCGCAUCUACCUCAUCAACCUCACGCUGGCUGACAUCCUCUUCAACCUCACCCUGCCCUUCUGGAUCCACUACUACCUGGCUGGGGGGGACUGGCUGCUCUCAGAGGCCGCCUGUCGCCUGGCCGGGGCCGCCUACUACCUGGCGACCUACAGCGCCAUCACCUUCAUGGCGCUCAUCAGCUUCAACCGGUUCUGCGCGGUGCGGGCCGCGCUGCCGCUGACGGGGCCCCGCGGCGCCGCGCUGGCCUGCGCCCUGGCCUGGCUGCUGGGGCUGGGCUGUGCCGUGCCCACCCUGGCCACGCACCAGACCCUCCCCACGCGCGCCGGGACCACCGCCUGCUUCGAGCAGCACGGCCGGCAGCGGGGCUACGCCUACGCCAUGGUGGGCUUCUUCUCCGCCGCCUUCCUGCUGGUGCUGGGCACCUACGCCUCCAUCGCCCGGACGCUCUCGCUGCCCGCCGCGGUCUCGCCAGGCUCCCACCGGCGGCAGGCCCGUGCCAUGGUGCUGGGGAUGCUGCUGGUCUUCGUGGUCUGCGUGGCCCCCUACCACCUGACACUGGCCCCCUGGGUGGGUAGCCGGCCCCCUGCGCCGCCCUGUGGGUCCCCUGACACCCUGGAUGUGCUGCACACACUGAGUGUGGCCCUGCUCAGCCUCAACAGCUGCCUGGACCCCCUCAUUUACUGCUUCUCCAUCCGGCGCUUCCGCGCUGACCUGGCUCGGACCCUGCGCAAGAUCGGCCGCUGCUUCCCGCUGCCCCCGCCGGCCCCGCCGGGACCAGUGCCCGGUGCCCGAGCAUCCUCCUUCACCUCCUCCUAG